UUUUCCAGCCCUUCCCCUGUUGUGUUGCCAAUGGGCCCGUGUUGCUCGGCGAGGAUGUUGCAAUAUGCGAAGCAGCCAACGUCAGCCAGCUCAGAGCGAGAGUGAAAGCGCGUAGCUCAGUAAUAAUUCACCAAGAUUACAGUAGCCUCUCAUUAUAAAGCUGCCCGGCCACUGAUCAGUCAGUACCAGCACUCGGAUUCCCCCCUUUUUUAAACAACCAAAGGACAAUUCUACCGACCAGAAACAACUUGCACUUUCCCUACCUUCUCCAAUGGAAGUUUUCAACUAAGCUUAUCUUUUAAUUUAAUUUCGAGGAAUUACAGAAGAAUCAUUCAUCUGCGGAAAAUAUUGGGAACUCUCCCUUACAACUGGACAUGCCGACCGCGGUUCAAUACCGACCCUAGCCUGGGAGGGAAUUUCGUUCCACUGUGAGUUUUACACGUGGGGGAAACUCGGAGAAGCAAACGAGAGACAAAGUAAUCUACUGGAGAAUCGGUGUCCAGGAACUUUUCAUACAACAGGGUGGGAAAUAAAAGAGAAACUGAAGGAUAUUGCUUUGUAACACGUCGUUACUUUAUAACCAGAAGUAGCCAACAGAUCCCCAUGAGUGUGAGUACCCAGAUGCCUCUCCCUUCACAACAUGCUCGGCUGAAGAGGGUAGACUUUGACGACACCGAUGACCCCGACUUUCCCAAAUGCAAGCGGGUGCGUUUGAGUCAACUCUCCAUCCCAGCCUUGUCGCCCUGCCUCGGCUCGCCCUCCCCAACACCCUCCUCCUCCACCACCGAUGACAACAAUGCAUCACGCAUCGGACCCUACCUCCUGCUUAGUCCCACGGAGACUAACAACUGCUACAGAGCCAUCCACACUGACACGGAACGGGAAUACAUCUGCAAGGUGUUUUCCAUGAGGCACUACAAUGAGGUGAUAGCUCCGUACGCCCGCCUACCUCCGCACCCCCACGUGGGGCAGCUGGCGGAGGUGAUCGCGGGCGAGUGCAAGGCCUACGUGUUCUUCCUCUGCGGCCAGGGCGACAUGCACUCCUACGUGCGGGCCUGCAAGCGGGUGCAGGAGGAGGAGGCAGCCGGGCUGUUCCUGCAGAUGGUGGAGGCUGUGGCGCACUGUCACGGGCACGGCGUGGUGCUGCGCGACCUCAAACUGCGCAGAUUUAUCUUCACAAGCCGCCGCAGAAACAAGCUGUGUCUGGAGAACCUGGAGGACUCGUGCCUCCUGAAGGGGGACGAUGAUUCCUUGAUGGACAAGCAUGGCUGCCCGGCCUACGUGGGCCCAGAGAUCCUCAACAGCAAGCAGUCAUACUCGGGGAAGGCAGCAGACGUCUGGAGCCUGGGGGUGAUCCUGUACACCAUGCUGGUGGGACGCUACCCCUUCCAGGACACCGAGCCCGCAGCACUCUUCACCAAGAUCCGCCGCGGACUCUUCACCAUCCCCGAGAGCCUGUCGCCCAAAGCCAAGUGCCUCAUCCGGUGCCUCCUGCGACGAGAGCCAGCAGACAGACUGACGGCCAGCGAGAUCUUGGACCAUCCUUGGUUCAAGUCCAACUUCCACCUGUCCUCCAACUCCAGCCUGUUGACUGAUCAGCUGGUGCCAGACGGUUACACGGACAACCUGAACGAUUUGUAGAGAGACAUUGAGUUUUAUUUUUGUUGUAACAACUGA